GCAGGGACCGCUCUGCGCCCGCCCGGUGCACCUUCCUCGGGCCCGUAGACUCGCGCUGCCCCGCUGCUACCAUGUGUGCGGCCCGGACGCCGCAACUGGCGCUCAUCUUCCGAGGGACUUUCGUCCACUCCACCUGGACCUGCCCCAUGGAGGUGCUUCGCGAUCACCUCCUCGGCGUGAGCGACAGCGGCAAAAUAGUGUUUCUAGAAGAAUCAUCUCAGCAAGAAAAGCUGGCCAAAGAAUGGUGCUUCAAACCUUGUGAGAUCCGAGAGCUGAGUCCCCAUGAGUUCUUCAUGCCGGGCCUUGUUGAUACGCAUAUCCAUGCCCCCCAGUACGCCUUUGCUGGAAGCAACGUAGACCUGCCACUUUUGGAGUGGCUGAGCAGGUACACGUUUCCUACAGAACAGAGGUUCCGGAACACUGAUGUGGCUGAAGAAGUCUACACCAGAGUUGUUAGGAGGACACUGAAGAAUGGGACGACCACGGCUUGCUACUUUGGAACAAUUCACACUGACUCAUCCCUGCUCCUGGCGGAAAUUACAGAUAAAUUUGGGCAGCGAGCAUAUGUGGGCAAAGUAUGCAUGGAUUUGAACGACACUGUUCCAGAAUACAAGGAGACCACGGAGGAAUCCGUCCAGGAGACAGAGAGAUUUGUGUCGGAGAUGCUUCAAAGGAAUUAUUUAAGGGUGAAACCCAUAGUGACCCCGCGCUUUUCCCUGUCUUGCACGGAGACUCUGAUGAGUGAACUUGGCAACAUCGCCAAGACCAAUGACCUGUACAUUCAGAGCCAUAUAAGUGAAAAUCGUGAAGAAGUUGAAGUUGUGAAAAGCUUAUACCCUGGUUACAAAAACUACACAGAUGUCUACGAUAAAAACAAUCUUCUGACAAACAAGACGGUGAUGGCACAUGGCUGCUACCUUUCUGAAGAAGAGCUUAACAUCUUCAGUGAACGAGGAGCAUCCAUUGCACAUUGUCCCAACUCUAACUUGUCGCUGAGCAGCGGUUUACUGAACGUGCUUGACGUCCUAAAGCAUAAAGUGAAGAUAGGGCUGGGGACAGAUGUGGCUGGUGGCUACUCCUAUUCCAUGCUUGAUGCCAUCAGAAGAGCAGUGAUGGUUUCCAAUGUCCUCUUAAUUAAUAAGGUGAAUGAAAAAAGCCUCACCCUCAAAGAAGUCUUCAGACUAGCCACUCUUGGAGGAAGCCAAGCCUUGGGGCUGGAUGGUGAGAUUGGAAACUUUGAAGUUGGCAAGGAGUUUGAUGCCCUCUUGAUCAAUCCCAAAGCUUCGGACUCCCCCAUAGAUCUGUUUUAUGGGGAAUUUAUUGGUGAUAUUUCUGAGGCUGUUAUCCAGAAGUUCCUCUAUCUAGGAGAUGAUCGAAAUAUUGAGGAGGUUUAUGUGGGUGGAAAGCAGGUGGUUCCGUUCUCCAGUUCAGUGUAAGACCCUUGGACAUCCAUGAUGUUCUCCUGGGAUGACAUGGUUCUGCAAUCUUCCUUGUGCCCAGGUGCUGGUUAGAAAGUAUGUUUAAAAAAAAAAAAGUACCGUGUUCCUUGGAUGACUUCUGUUCCCGUGUCUACUUCCAGUGCUCACUUGGUAAAUUGUGCAAAGGAAGUGCACUGCUGCUCGACUCUGGUCCGGAGCAUUUAUAAUUUCAUGACAGUGCCUCCUUGUGGGCUGUUUAGAUUUGUGUUAAGCUCACACAGAAGGCCUUGUUAGCAGCUGGCGCUGUGCUUCUAAUACUGAAGUGAAACCUUUCCAUAGGGAAAUACAGAGGGAAGAGAGAACC